AUGGUGUCACCGGACAACGUGUCGCUAACUACUACGAUAAUGCAGUCAGACGUCGAGCUGGACGGUGACGAGCCACAAGUCUUGCAAGUCGUGGCAGCGCCACCCCUUCAUAACGCCUCGAAGCCGGAGCGGUGGGUCGAAAUUACGGAGCGUCUGGGCUCAGCGCUGAGCAAGGAGCUGUCUGCUGGCGGUGUACGCAAGCACGUUGACAAGUUGAAAAAAAAGAGUACCGAUCGAAGCGCGCAAAGGAGCGAGCCAUGUCAGACUACACCCAUGUAUACCGCAGGCCAAGAACCACACAAGUCUGUCGACGAAAACGAGCUGGAGCGCUUGGUGGAGGUUUACGUUCAGAAGAAGGACGAUGAAACCUUGGUACAAAGCAAGCGCACCGAAUCCAAGACCAAAAAGGUUGCCAUGACAGGUCCUGGUGAUGCAUGA